GAGGGUGAAGGCCGAGUCUCACGCGUUUUUGUAGUGCCCACAAGACUGUGCAGGUGGCCGGCCCUCAUUGAAUGUGGGGUUAAUUUAACUCGGGCUCUGUGUGAGUGGAUGAUUCAGGUUGCCAGAGACAGAACCCUCAGCUUAGCAUGGGAGGUAGCUCCCCUGUUGACCCUGAGUUCAUCUGAGGUUGACUUGGAAGGUGUGGGCACCAUUUGGCCCAGUUCUUACAGCUCUGAAGAGAGCAGCAGGAAUGGGGCUGAGCAGGGAAGACAGCUUUCCAUUGAAGACCCCUUUCAGGGCCAGAACUGUCCCUCCCACUCUGUGGCUGCCCUGCCUGUGCCCAUGAGGGGUGAGAGUCAGGCGACCUCAUGCCAAGUAUAG